AUGGCCAAUCUCGAGCCUGGCCAACCGGCUUCCGCGGGCAGUCAUCCCGUUGGAGCCAUCAAGAUCGACAACGAAGGACCUAGUAGCCUGCAGCUCGCUCAAAUCCCUUCGGCACGGGAUCAUCAACCCAACCGGCGAAGAAGGCGGACAGCUCCGGAUGGAAUCAUCCCUUCGUCUUGGGCUGCCAUAGGCUUGGACCGUCCUCGGCUUCGGUCGGCUGUCGUCAAGCAAGAAAACUCACCAGACAUUGCCCCGGUUGAUGUCCACAAUGAAAACGACCUGGCCAUCGAAGUGACAAGCCCAACAUCGGAAGUGGAAUGCCACCCAGAGGAGCGAUUCGUAUGGACCCCCGCAAGCUGGCACAACGACAAGCAGAAAAAAUGGAUGAAGCUUGCGUUGGAGUUGUACAACAUUGACACCGUGGAUGUCCUGAUGUCGGAAGAGGAGAAGCGUCUGUCGCUGUCACAUCUCGCGGGACAAGGCCUUCCGUCUAGAAAAGGCGCCAUUACCACUAACGAGCUGAAGAUGUUGAGGGGAGAGAAGGUCUUUGAUACCGUGGCCAUGAUGACAGCGCUGAUUCGAUGGAAUCUCCGUCCGCCUGAAGCCUGGACCAAGUACAUCGUCGCCCUCGAGUGUCUCGAGUGUCUUUUUUACCUGAAGGAGUGCGUGGACGGCGAAAGAUGGUACUCGGAGAGGGACAUGCGGAUCAUCAGGCCCGAAGAGCUCAGCUGGAACCACCACAAUCGAUCAUGGUGCUCUGAGGAGAUGCGCGAGUCAUCAGAGGUACUUGUUAUUGAGCCGCUCAGCAUCAAGCCCACCAAGGCGGCACACAUUUGCACCUUCACCGGUCCAAACCAUCCACGGAUUGCAUCGAUGCGCAACAUCAUCCGCCAGAGCACUGGCAUUACUCGUACCAACCGCGCCGCUCAAAGCCCCGAGAACGUUCAAACGUGCAUGAAACGUAUCGACGGCGAAGAGCCGCCCAGUGCCAUCCAGCUCAUGGUCGUAUAG